AUGAAUGUAAAAUACCAUUUUUGAAUUGGAUAACGAGGAAAUGUAUUCUAGUAUGAGCUUUUCACUAGAUAUUCUCUUCAUCAGUAUAGAUGUUGUAUUUUCCUAGGAAAGUUCAAGGCAGGCUAGCAUGCACUUUUGAUUACACAAGCCAGCUUUUGUAAGGUGGAAACUGAAACUUCGACCAUUGAUACAAGCCUACAAACAUAUCUCCAUACUCCAAUUUGUUGUCCGGUGAAGAAGAGAAAGGGUGAUAAAAAUGGGGUCACUGAAACAUAAUUGGGAAGAUAACAGUGCUGCGAGGCUGUCUCUUUUGUCCAGCUUCAGGGGAAAUGAAGAUAGAGGAAGUAGAUGGACGUGUCUGAAAGUUAUGAGAGAAAAAAUCAAGAAUUCUUGGGAUGAUUUGCAAGAUUUUGCUAGGAAAGCAUAUGAAAUGGGUCGUUCUGAUCCCAGGAAAGUUAUAUUUGCAAUAAAAAUGGGACUAGCAUUGUCAAUUGCGUCUUUGCUCAUAUUUUGGAAGGGAUCAUAUGAGGAUAUUGCUCAAUACUCAAUUUGGGCAAUACUCACAGUCAUAGUGAUGUUCGAAUUCAGCAUAGGAGCAACCUUUAUCAAAGGAUUUAACCGUGGGCUGGGAACACUUUGUGCUGGGAUACUUGCAUUUUGCUUUGCUGAGCUAUCUAUUGUGGCUGGCAAGUUGGAGGAAGUAGUUAUUGUUUUGAGUAUUUUCAUAAUAGGGUUCUGUGCAUCCUAUUUGAAGCUGUAUCCAACAAUGAAACCUUAUGAAUAUGGAUUUCGAGUAUUUGUCUUGACAUAUUGUAUCCUGAUGGUAGCCGGUAACAGGACUAGGGAAUAUACUGAGGCAGUUUUAACUCGACUGGUACUUAUUGCAGUUGGAGCAGGUGUCUGUUUUGUUGUAAAUAUAUGUAUUUAUCCCAUUUGGGCUGGUGAAUCUCUGCAUAACUUGGUGGUGAAAAAUUUUAAGGAUCUUGCCACUUCUCUGGAAGGUUGUGUUAACGGGUACCUGAAAUGUGUUGAAUAUGAGAGAAUUCCCUCGAAAAUUCUUACAUACCAGGCUGCUGAUGAUCCACUUUAUAAUUGUUAUCGAUCAGUGGUGCAGUCUACAAGCCAGGAAGAUACUUUGCUUGGUUUUGCAACUUGGGAACCACCUCACGGCCGUUAUAGACUGUAUAAUUAUCCUUGGGAGAACUUUGUCAAAGUUAGUGGUGCGGUGAGGCAUUGCGCCUUCAUGGUUAUGGCACUGCAUGGGUGCAUCCUUUCAGAAAUACAGGCUCCACCGGAAAGAAGACAAGUCUUUUAUAGCGAGCUUCAGAGGGUUGGGGCAGAAGGUGCGAAAGUUUUACGCGAGCUUGGAAGCAAAUUAGAGAGGAUGGAAAAACUAAGCUCAGGUGACAUACUUGAAAAUGUCCAUGAGGCAGCCGAGCAGUUGCAAAAAAGGAUAGACCAUAAGUCAUACAUUCUAGUGAAUUCUGAGAGCUGGGAAAUUGGGGGAAGGCCUCAGGAACUUGAAGACCUAAAAAAUCUUGUGGAUAUACAGGAAGAUGAACACGUGCAAUUGGGAUUUAAAUCAUUGAGUGAAACUGUGCUGGACCUCAGGUCAAUUCCUGUCAGGACAGCUUCUCUACCACCAUGUGACGCUGCAAAAAAUAUGUUUAGAAGAUGGCCCUCAAAUCUCUCAUCUAAUGCUGAAUCAUUCGUCAAGGGUGAUGAAUGCAAAACAUACGAAAGCGCUAGUGCUCUGUCCUUGGCAACAUUUGCUUCACUUUUGAUAGAAUUUGUUGCAAGACUAGACAAUGUGGUAGACUCCUUUGAAGAACUAAGUCAGAAAGCGAACUUCAAGGAGCCUAUCAUCAACAUGCCCCCUGGGCCAGGUAAAAAAAGAGUCGGUACUUGGGUUGUCUAGGUUCUAGGUAGCUUAUGUUUUUUUCAUUAACAAAGAUGUGGGAUCGUUACUUACCCAAAAAAAAAAAAGGGGUCGUUCUUGGUCCAACAACUAGAUCUUGGGUCCCCUCCAAGCGUCAAAUGAUAAUAAAUCGUUAAGAGCCAUAAGUUCUUACUCGAAAGCAAAAUCCAACUUAAUCAGUGGAUUAUUGCUAUUGUUAACAUGCGAAUGUUGAUUCCAUUACUGAUGUUAAAAAUAGUGCUUGCCAAUUAGUUUCUUUUUCUUCCUUCAUUAUUUUAAGAAGUCCAAAGCCAGUUAGUAUUAUAUAAUGCACAAGCGUCAAAUGAUAAUAAAUCGUUAAGAGCCAUAAGUUCUUACUCGAAAGCAAAAUCCAACUUAAUCAGUGGAUUAUUGCUAUU